AUGGCUCCAUCAACUCCCUUAGCUUCAAAGACCAAGAAAUUUGGUACACCAACUUCCUCUCAAAAGAAAAUGAAACAAUCAUCUUUGCUUUCAUUUUUCUCUAAAUCAUCUACGAAAUCCUCCAAACCUACUAACAAUUCCAUAAAAAAGAAAGAUCCUUCAAAAUCGCCUACUCCUAAAAAAUCUUCUCCUUCUCUAUUUGUUUCAAAUGGAGACGAUAAGGAAGACGACUCUGAUUCACUUAAAAGUGAUGAUUUAAUUUUACCAGACCCAACAAAAUCCAAAAGCCAUGCAAAUACAAGUUUAACAAGCAAUUCUAUACAAACCUCCUCUUCACAACCUAUAGCGACUCCUGAUACAGAAGUAUCCACCAUGAAUAAUACUUCCACAUUAAUAGGAGAUUCAAAAAUUUCUGCAAAAAAUGAAAAAUCAGAUGAUGAGUUAGAAAAUAAGCCAUUAGUUGAUGAUGACGAUGCAUUGGCCACAUCUGGCAGAAGAUCUAAGAGGGCUAUUUCUUAUGCAGAAGAUAGUGAUGAUGAUGAGGAUAAUAUUCCAUUAAAAGAUAAAAGUAAAAGACCGAAGAGGGCGGCUAUUUCGGAUGAUGAUGACGAUGACUAUAUUCCUACAAAAAAAGAAACUGAACAAAAGGACGAUGAUGACGAGGAGGAAGAUAUAAAUAUGCUUCUCGACGACGACGAUGAUGAUGAUCUAAUACAGUUGGGAUCUGCUAAAUCAAAGAAGGACACAAAACUGACUUCUAAACUACAUGAAAUAUUAGCAAAACCUUCAAGUACAAAAUCUAACAAACCCAAAACAUUUAAACCAAAGAAACCUAAUGUACCUGCUCCUAAACAUUCGAAGUUUGUGAAGGAAAAUGAGCAAAGGUACCAAUGGUUAGUUAACAUAAAAGAUGCUCAGGGCCAUGAAGAAUCUGACCCAGAUUAUGAUCCUCGUACUUUAUAUAUCCCAUCUUCAGCCUGGGGUAAAUUUACUCCAUUUGAAAAACAAUAUUGGGAAAUCAAAUCAAAAAUGUGGGAUUGUAUUGUCUUCUUCAAAAAGGGUAAAUUUUUUGAAUUAUAUGAAAAAGAUGCAAUUCUUGCUAACAAUUUAUUUGAUUGGAAGAUUGCUGGUGGUGGUAGGGCCAAUAUGCAAUUAGCAGGUAUUCCAGAAAUGUCUUUUGAUCAUUGGUCCUCACAAUUUAUCCAACUUGGUUAUAAAGUUGCUAAAGUUGAUCAACGUGAAUCUAUGUUAGCUAAGGAAAUGAGAGAAGGUACAAAGGGUAUAGUGAAAAGAGAGUUGGAAUAUGUUUUAACUUCAGGAACACUAACUGAUGGUGAUAUGUUACAAUCUGAUUUAGCUACUUAUUGUUUAGCAGUAAGGGAAGAACCAGGUAAUUACUAUGGUGAUGAUGAUACUUUUAAAACUCCUGGUUUAAGUUUAUCUAAAAAGAUAUUUGGUGUGGCAUUCAUUGAUACUGCAACUGGUUUAUUAGAAAUGUUGGAAUUUGAAGAUGAUAGUGAAUGUUCCCAAUUAGAAACUCUUAUGUCACAAAUUAAACCUAAAGAAGUUCUUAUUGAGAAAAAUAAUUUGAGUAAUCUUGCUAAUAAAAUUGUUAAAUUUAACGCUUCUCCUAAUGCAAUUUUCAAUUAUCUAAAGCCAGAGGAAGAAUUUUUUGGUUUUGAUAAAACUUAUGAUGAAUUAGUUUCUAAUGAUCCUCCAUAUUUUGCCACAAAUGAUGAUUGGCCUAAAGUUUUAAAAGAAUAUUAUGAUUCAAAGAAAAAAGUAGGGUUUAGUGCAUUUGGUGGGUUAUUAUAUUAUUUGAGAUGGUUAAAAUUAGAUAAAAGUUUAAUCUCUAUGGGUAAUAUUAAUGAAUACAACCCUAUAAAAUCUCAGAAUUCAUUAAUCCUAGAUGGUGUUACGUUACAGAAUUUAGAAAUCUUUGCUAAUUCAUUCGAUGGAUCUGAUAAGGGUACACUUUUCAAAUUAUUAAAUCAAGGUGUUACCCCCAUGGGUAAAAGAAUGUUGAGAAAAUGGGUGAUUCAUCCCUUAUUUAAUAAAUCUGCCAUUGAACAGAGACAAGAUAGUAUUGAAUUACUUUUAUCUGAUAUGGAAUUAAGAGAAUUAUUUGAAUCAAAAUUAUCUGUUCUUCCUGAUUUAGAAAGAAUGUUGGCAAGAAUUCACUCAGGUAACUUAAAGAUGAAAUUAUUCGAAAAAGUUAUCCAAGGAUUUGAAGUAAUAGUGGAAUUAAUUGAACAAUUGAAAUCAUUUGAACUAAAAGGUGCAUUAAAGACAUUUUUAUCACAAGUACCUGAAUCACUAUUUAAUGAUGUUAAGAAUUGGUCUAAUGCAUUUGAUCGUCGCAAAGCUCUAGAAGAAGAUAUCAUUGAACUUCAUCUAGGUGUGGAACCUGAAUUUGAUCAAUCAAGAGAAUGUAUUUUAUCAAUUGAAAAUGAAUUAAAUGAUAUACUCUCUGGAUAUAAAAGACGAUUUAAAACUUCCAAUAUUAAAUAUAAAGAUUCUGGUAAAGAAUUAUACACUAUUGAGGUUCCAAUUUCCAUUGUAAAAUCCAUACCAUCUGAUUGGGUUCAAAUGGGAUCUACUAAGACAAGUAAGAGAUAUUAUUCUGAAGAAGUUCGUUCCUUAGCACGCUCCAUGGCUGAAGCCAGAGAAAAUCAUAAGAUUAUUGAGAAUGGAUUAAAAGAAAAAUUAUGCAAGAGAUUUGAUUUAAGUUAUCAAACUAGUUGGAUGCCCACUAUUAAUAUGAUAUCUAAUAUUGAUUGUUUAUUAGCACUAACAAGAACCUCUGAAUCGAUUGGGUUCCCAGCAUGUAAACCUAAAUUUAUUGACAAUAUUGAUGAGAAAACAGGGGGAAAUUUAAAUGGUUAUUUAAAAUUCAAAUCUUUGAGACAUCCAUGCUUUAAUUUAGGUUCUAGUACUUAUCGUGAUUUUAUUCCAAAUGAUGUUGAAUUAGGUAAAGAUGUGCCACAACUUGGUUUAUUGACAGGUGCUAAUGCAGCUGGUAAAUCUACUGUAUUAAGAAUGACAUGUAUCGCAGUGAUUAUGGCACAAUUAGGAUGUUGGGUUCCCUGUGAAGAAGCAGAAUUAACAUCUAUCGAUCGAAUCAUGACAAGAUUAGGAGCUAACGAUAAUAUCAUGCAAGGUAAAUCUACAUUUUUUGUUGAAUUAUCUGAGACCAAGAAAAUCUUGGACACGGCUACUAAUCGAUCAUUAUUAGUUGUUGAUGAAUUAGGUAGAGGUGGUUCAUCUAGUGAUGGGUUUGCCAUUGCAGAGAGUGUAUUACAUCAUGUUGCUACACAUAUUCAAAGUUUAGGGUUUUUCGCUACUCAUUAUGGUAAUCUUGGAUUAAGUUUUAAAAGUCAUCCUCAAAUUAGAGAAUUAAAGAUGCAAAUUCUUGUUGAUGAUAAGACAAGAAAUGUUACAUUUUUAUAUAAAUUGAUCAAUGGGCAAAGUGAAGGGUCAUUUGGUAUGCAUGUUGCAUCUAUGUGUGGGAUUCCAAAAGAAAUUGUUGAUAGAGCUCAAGAUGCUGCUGAUAAUUUAGAACAUACAUCUAAAUUAUUUAAGGAGAUGCAAAUCCAAAAAGGAGCAGCUGAUUGCGAACUAAAUAAGCCUGUACCAAUCGGAUUACAAAGCGAUUUUGUUAGACUUGUAUUUGGAGAUGGAUUGAAGAAUAAUGAUAAAGGUACUGGUGAAGGGGUACAAAUAUAUAAUCAAACAAUACGUAAGGGAGUUUGUGUAGUUUAUUUAGUAUGA